GUCAAAGUGAAUGUACCCAUCAGCGAAUGAAUGACAAAUUAAAAAGUUUUAUUUUUCUUAUAUUGGUACGAGAUUUUAUUGAUUGUUUUCUUUCAAGAUUUUCGGCCAGACGGCGACUGAAAUUGCAAGUUACUGUGAUAUAUUUAUUUUCAAUAAUUAACUUUUCUUAUCAAGCAAUUAAAUGAUCAGGGAUAUCGAGUUAUGUCUAUAAGUAAUGGAAGGUACAGAACUGGGUGGCGACCAGCAAUUCUGUUUGAGAUGGAACAAUUUUCAAGCAAAUAUAACAUCUCAAUUCGAGGCACUGCGCGAUGAUGAGGACUUCGUGGAUGUCACUCUGGCAUGCGAGGGACACAGGUUGGAAGCACACAAAGUGGUUUUAUCGGCGUGUAGUCCUUAUUUCAAGGAAUUAUUUAAAAAUAAUCCAUGUCCUCAUCCGAUAAUAUUUAUGCGGGAUUGUGAAGUCUCUCAUAUACGGGCACUGCUCCAGUUUAUGUACGUAGGACAAGUGAACAUCGCGCAGGCACAACUCAGCGCUUUUCUUCGGACUGCCGAUGCUUUACAAAUUCGCGGCCUCACUGACUGCUCACAACACAACGAUAAAAAAACCAAUCGAAAGUCUCCCCCGUCUCAAUUACGCAAUUUGCUAAGCGCUAAGCCCUCACAUUCUACCUCCUCCUCCAAAGCCGCAAACCAAAAUGUGGAAUCGACCUCUGCCGAUGACCAAGAGAAGAGCGCUAAUCGCCGUUCUGCGAGGAAUUCUCCUGAAGUGCCCAGAAAUAAUCUCAGCGAAGAAGCUUCCUUUCAAAGUUCUAGUCAAACGAGGCCUAAUAAUGAUGACUAUAGCCAAACCUGUAACUACCCCACAUUGCGGGUGAAAACUGAUCUCGAAGUGACUGAUGUGAAUAACGAAGAGAAUGAUAUUCUUAUGGACCCCGGUGAUGCGGAGAGAGAUAGCAAAUCCCAAGAUUUCAGCGCCACAGAUUUGUUGGAACCAAAAAUGGAAGUCCUUGAACAGGAAGCUAGUGAUGAAGAGCGAUCGGGGUUUCAGCCGUUAUACUUUACUGAAAAUAAUACUCUCGCAAAUCCUUUUGCCACACUUCAAGGUAGUAUGGAUCUCAUGACGGGAAUGAACGCGGAGCUGACUGAGAACGCAGAAGUUCCAGGUCGAUGGGAUGCGCGUAGGAACCGACCGGUGCCCGAUGCAGUGUGGUUGGAACAGCAUAGACGCGCUUUGCCUUUCGUCCUAAAGAGAGAGAAUGAGCGAGCACCGACACCUAGACUCAUAAAACUCGGCGAGGGCGUGGAGAUUCGGGAAGACCUAUUGCGUGGGGUCAAAUGGGGGGACUAUAGGAAAGUGACGAGAGGUUUAGCAGCUGCGUUGUUCUCACCUAUUGAAUUGGCCACGUGUUCUGUGACCGGGCAGAGAUGGUCACGCGCAGGGCAAGAGUCGCGACCCACGAAGCCACCGUUGGACAGACGCAGAGUUCACGCACUGAUAACAUAUGUGAGCAGGCAUUUCCCUGAUGUUGAAGUCAGUCGGAUCAAGCAAGUUCUGGCCUAUAAGUGUAAGGAGAAUUGUGCGGCCCUAAGAAUGAGAACAGCCAGGUUGUCGAACUGUUUCAGCGAGUCGAGCAACUACUUGCUGAGUGCAGCUGGCCGCCCGCCCUGCGACGAUCCGCCCCAUCACCCGCCCACACCCACGCCGAGACCGUCUUAUUCCAACUAUGAGGCUUCAAAAGGCGGCGGGGCAGGGGGUACUAGCGGUGCGGGGGGAAGUGGGACUCCAGGAGGUGGAGGGGAGGGAAGAGGGCAGGGAGAUGAUGACACGCACUGAUCCGCACAUUGAGGAAACUAUUAGCUAUGUCCACACAGCGGGUAAACCAAUUUUGCCCCUUCUCACAAAUUUGCGGGUAGAAGCACGACGAAAUUCUAGGCUACCCGCAAAAUAGUUAAGACGAGUUGAAAAUUCUCCAUAUUUAUAUCAAGUCAUUGAUGGCUCACGAGUGAGAAAUAAUCAGAAUUAACACAUAUCGUAUAGGGUUAAACCAGUGUGGGCACACUAAAAUAUCUUCCACUUUGAAUUUUUUAUACCCAAAAAGCGUCAAAAAUUAUUGAAUUGCGCUACUACACUAUAAAAUCUUUCAGUGAUAAUUCUCAAACGGCAUUGUUUCGAAGACUUAGCGCGUUCAGCUCCCGGGCGAUUUCAUUCAUCAUUCAGAGUAGGUACAGGCGAUGCGCAUAUUUAUUGUUUAGGUGAUAUUUUUCUAUCGGCUACUAAAGAGGCCUAGGUCUCGAAGCUCUAGCAAUAAUUUAUCAGGUUCCUAAGACAUUUUUCGUAGUUAGGUUUCUUGCACGAAUUUUCGCGAAACACUGCCGCUUUAAAACUUUUCUUCGCCUCUUUAUUUUUAACUUUUAGUCAUUUUCGAACCGCGUAACUAAUAAGCAUUUGAGUGCUGGAAGAGGGACCGUUGCAAUCGCAAAGUAAUGGCAUAAUUAUAGAACUAACAUAGAUAUAUCGUAGUCAUUUCAUUUUAUAGUUGUAAUGUGAAGAUGAAUUUAUUUUGGAAAGAGUCAGGUAUUGGGUUUUCGGAGUGCUGUGAUCGCGACGGUUUAAAUGGAGUCAUAUUUUUUAAUAUAUAAGUGUUAAUGUCUUUGCAUUGUACGAAGACCUUUUUCAUGAAAGUUUUAAUUUUUCCAAGUCACGGUUUUCGUUAUAUGCAAAGAUUAAUUAGAAGUUAUUUGACUAUCACCACGCAUACACAGAGGGGCUACAUUGGGCGGUAUUAGUCGCGCCGUCACUGUCUUUUUAUUUUUUAAAUUUGUCUUUGGUUUUCCGACUAAUUGAAUGUUAACUGAUGCAUUUAUCUGUGGAUCUUGUUUUUACGUUUGCGUAAUUAAUUCUGCCUCAUGUAUGUCCCCGAUAUACGUCAAUUGGUGAUCGGACGGCAUUGCACAUCUGCACAGGGAUGUAUUUAUCAUAUCAAAUAAGCAAUAACUAUUAACUAUAAUUUGAUAAAGAGAAUGAAUUUUUUUUUUAAUUUUUAAAAAUACUAUUUUAACCAAGUUGUUAUAAUGAAUAGUUAGUAAAUAACUCAAUUCUCUAAAGUCCAUGAUCAUAUAUAUAGUUCUUUUGAACGGUGAUCAAAUCCUAAUAAUAAUUUUGAAACACACAUAAUCAAAUAUCAUAUCAUAUUAUUUUACAAAAUUUUCUACAUAUCCUGCACGAGUCACAGAAACAGACUGCGUGUGCCCAUUCGAGAUGAAUGGUAAACUUCAGAACCAAAUUAGUUUCCUACAACCUAUGAUCUCUUAUUUAGUACACUAUAGCUUAUAAAUUGUUAGCAUCUGUAUAUACAACGGUCGGGGUCAAUAUGUCAGUCUGUUUCUAUGCCCGGCACUAGUCUCCCGAUAUUGGUGUAUAAGUUACAGUUACCAGAUUUAGGAUAUUCUAGACACUCGACGCUGCGUAGUGAUCUAUACGAUGCCAAUUCAGUCGAAAUGCUCAAUUUUGCCAAAUUUUUACUUGCCGAAAGUCUUGUCUAUUGUUUUUUUUCGCGUUUUGUGUUCAGCCUUUCUCUAUGGUGAGUGGCUCGAUUUGCUCAACUGUGAUGAGUGUUAGACGUUUUUCUUCGUAAUCUGAUUAUACUCAAUAGAUAUCACGUGAGCGUGUGUUAAUUGUAAUUUAAAAAGUAUAACUUGAAUGCUCGAGAUGCAAUAUGUUAAUUUUGUGCCAAAUGAUAAGUCGUAGCAAUAUAAUCCUAAUCUUGCGUAAUUUGUUGCGUAGUGACCUAUGAGGUUUCGAAGGUUUCUUUUACAAGACUAUAGUAGAAUAUUUAUACAGGGAAAGUGUUAGAAUGUUGUUUGGAUAUAAGAAUGUUGUAGCGGUAUAAUACUCAAUACGCAGGAUGUAAAAAUAAACGCGUCGACGUCUAGUCGGGUUUCGAUUACCGAAAUACGCCCACGGGCCGUGUUCGCCUCCUGAUCGGCUAUUAUUUUUACACUCUGUUCGUGCGCGAGCAAUGGAACAAGAGAAUUUAUUUACUCAUAUAAGAUUUUUUUAUUAAUUAUGAUAAUCUUUUUUUACUAAAAUGAUAUACUUUAUUUCUCAUUUUACAAUUGUAAUGGCAGCUGUCCGUAUAGCAGUGAGGGAUAUGAUCAAUCACUGGUUAAGGUUUCAAAGGUAAAUGCAACGAUACAUCGAACUUUGACACAUUGGGCACAAACUAUUGAACGCUAUCGCUUCCCUUCGGUAAUUGUAAAUGAUACGAGAUUUCUAAAACAUAGUUUGAUAGAAUGUUUGUGAGGCCCUCGUUAUAAAGUCUAAUUAUAUACAUAUAUCGCUGAGCAAUAAAUCUGUGAACUGUAAAUAAUAACAACUCUAUGCCACCGCACUCGCGUCGCGGGUGCUGUGCUGUGCCAAAAUUAUGUGCUAGUCCUAAACAAAAUGUUGUUAUCAUUUUUCAGAUUUUAUUUAGUCCAAAAUGUGUUUGUUCCUGUGAAUUAACUUGAAACAAAUCAACACGUCUAUUGUGAUAUGGUUUCGCAUAAUGUAAUCGCUCCGAUACUAGUUUAGUAGAUAUCGAUAAGGGCUAGGAAAUUCUAUUAUAAAUUAUAUAAAUUUAUCUUCCAAAAAUUAUUAGAAAAUUAAUUUUCAUGUUAAGGUAGGCGAUUUAAUUGUUAUUUGUAAAUAUAUUUCUAAUGUUGUCUAAGACAACUGGAACUAGGAGCGAUUAUGUGGUGUGAUGGUGUGUGUAAUGUAUGAUAACAUCACAGGGUUUGUUAGAUAGGAUUUGUAUGUGAUUUUUAUACAAGAGGUUCGAGUGAGGGUGUGUAAAGGUUAAGCUUGGUGGAGUGGUCUAUUGAGCGAAGGCUACCAGAGAGACGGUUUUGUUGAUUUGUUAAUAUAUUUAUAGUAUUUAUAAAAGAUGCACACAAUGAUUUAGCUUUGAGCUCGUGCAAUAUUAUUCCAAAUUGUUUAUAAGAAAACUGUUAUAAUUAUUUCUACUCUAAAUUGUUAUAUAAAUAUUUUUAUAUAUGUAAAAGACAAAGGCAACUUGAAUUCUAUUUUUGUUGUGCAUUUAUUCUUAAAUUUUAUCGAUAUGGUAACCGCAAACCCAUUGUGGACUGUAACGUCUGCAUGCAAGAAAUAUAAUUAAGAUAUUAUGGUAGAUGGAUUUUUUAUAUAUUACCGCUGAUAUUGUGAGUCAAUUCAAAUAAUGAUUAUUCUCUUUUUUUUUAGAGUUAUUUACAAUAUAUCAACUAUGAUUGCUCAAUAAGAUGCAAUGUUAAUUACAAUGUAGAGGAAUCAAGUACGUCGUUUUAUAUGGUUAUUUUACUGUUUAUAAUUUGCGAGUUGUGGCAACGCAUGUUUAUAGUUUUAUGUUUAUUCUAAGAGAGGCCAAAUGUUGACUUGCUUAUGUGAGACUGUUUUGCCAAGAAUCAGAAAGUAUAUUACCUACAUUGUUUUAAAAUAAAUGCUUUUAUAUAA